CCUUUCCUUUCCUUUCCGCAGUUACUCUCUCUAGUCUCCAAUACACACAGUCAGAGUCACUCCUUUUUGGGUUGUCUUUACCCGUCAGGUGGAAAACAGGGAGACUAGAAUAGGAAAGAUCUAGCCUUUUUAGGUGUUGCAGGCGUAAUCCUCGUCCUCUUCAACGGAGACCAAAGUUGCUAUCUUUGGCCACUGAAUUCAAGUGUCCCAACGAUUGAAGCCUCAGACCAAAAUAGGGGUAUCAGAGGAUAAUACACUCAAUAGAUGGAGGCCAUAAGGAAGCAAGCAAGCAGAUUUAGAGAACAGGUUGCCAAGCAACAGCAAGCACUAUUGAAACAUCUUGGACAUUUUAGUAGUGAAGCCUCUGCAGUUGAUGAAGCUGAACUUCAGUGCCACCAACAGCUUCAAACUCUAUACAAUUCCACAAGAGCAGCUAAGCAUUUUCAGAGGAAUAUUGUUCGUGGUAUUGAAGGCUACAUUUCUAUAAGUGCAAAAAAAAUGGAUAUAGCAAGGAAGUUGGCUGAAGAUUGUUGCAAAUAUGGAGCCGAGAACCUAAACAGUGAUAACUGCAUUGCAAGAACUACACUUGACUUCGGUACCUCGCAUGGUUUGAUGGAAAAUGAGAGGGAAACUUUACUCGGGAUCCUAAGAGAUCAGGUUUCUGAGCCACUACGGGCAUUAAUAACAGGAGCUCCUCUGGAGGAUGCUCGACAUUUAGUCCAUCGUUAUGAUAGACUCCGCCAAGAGGUUGAAGCACAGGCAGCGGAGGUGUUGAGGCGCCGGUCAAAGACUAAGGAAUCAGAUGUAACUCCAGAGAGCUGCCUGAAGCUUCGAAAUGCUGAAGAAAGGUUGACUGAGCUUAAAUCUACCAUGAAAGCACUUGGAAGAGAAACAACUGAUGCCAUGUUGUCUGUUGAAGAUCAGCAGCAGCAGACAACUUUUGAGCGUCUUUUUGCUAUGGUAGAUGCUGAGAGAUCUUAUCAUCAACAUGUUCUGACUUUGUUAGAUAAGCUAUAUGAUGAGAUGAGCCUGGAGGAGCAAAGCAUACAGUCCUCAUCAGUGUUAGUGUCUGCACAAAAAGAUGUGAAUACCCCAACUGCACAUCAGGAUGUAAUUUCAAAUGAACCUGAUGAUCCAGCACAUAUUAAUCAACCUGAUGAGCCGGCACAUAUUAAUCAACCUAGUACUUAUUUUAUUGCAAAAGUUGUACACCCGUUCGAUGCUCAGACAGAAGGGGAGUUAAGUCUUUCAGUGGAUGAUUAUGUUGUGGUUCGACAGGUGGCUGCUACUGGAUGGUCCGAAGGAGAAUUCAAGGGCAACGCUGGAUGGUUUCCCUCUGCUUAUGUAGUGAGGCAGGAUAUAGCGCCGGCAAGGAAGCUCGUGGAUGAAAGCUCAUCACCAUGAACUGGAAAUUUAGCUUGGUGAUCUAAUGCAUAGUUGUACAAGACUCAUAGUGCCCAACUGUAUAUGUAGUUCCUUGCCGUAUACCAAUUGGCAUGCCUUCAGCUAGUGUAAAUUCCUUUUUGAGCAGUAAAUUGUGAGUUGUUUAUGAAUAUUAAUUUUCCUUAUACAUAUUCUAUGAUUAAUGUGGUGUUCACUUU